GACGUGUGGCGCCCUGGCGGGGUCUCCAGCGCGGCGCCGCCGCUGCCAUGGGGGUCCCUCCGGUGCGGCCGCGCUCGCUCUUCCUCACCGGCCUGGCCGCCGUCUAUCUCGCCGCCUUCGCCUCGCUUUACGUCCAGAUUCCCGGGCUGUACGGCAGAGCCGGGAUCCUGCCUGCCCGCAGGCUGCUGCGCCUCACCGGGAAGGGGCUCUGGGAGCAGCUGCGGGAUCUCCCCACCCUGCUCUGGCUCAGCCCCUACCUGGGCUUGGAUACUGAGCUGGGCAUGGAGCUGCUGUGCCUGCUGGGAGUUCUGAUGUCGCUGGGAGCUGUGCUGCUGGAGCCGCUGAGGGACUGCCUGCUCUUUGCCCUGCUCAGGGCCUGCUACCUCUCCCUCUACCAGGUGGGACAGGUCUUUCUCUACUUCCAGUGGGACAGUCUCCUGUUGGAAGCAGGCUUCCUGGCUGUGCUGGUGGCUCCUUUGCACCUGCUGAGGAGGAAGUCCACCAGCUGGCAGCCCCACGAUGGGGUCACCUUCUGGCUGGUUCGCUGGCUCCUCUUCCGCCUCAUGUUCUCCUCCGGCGUGGUGAAGCUCACCAGUCGCUGCCCCACCUGGUGGGGGCUUACUGCCCUCACCUACCACUACCAGUCGCAGUGCCUGCCCACGCCGGGGGCCUGGUUUGCCCACCAGCUGCCAGGCUGGCUCCAGAAGCUCAGCGUGGUGGCCACCUUCGUCAUCGAGGUGCCCGUGCCCGUCCUCUUCUUCGCCCCCCUGCGCCGCCUGCGCCUCUUCGCCUUCUACUGCCAGGUCCUGCUGCAGCUCCUCAUCAUCCUCACUGGCAACUACAACUUCUUCAACAUCCUCACCAUCACCUUGGCUUUCUCCUUGCUGGACCAGGAGCACCUGGGGGGUUCAGGGACCCCCAGCAAGAAGAAACAGAGCAGUGCCUGGCCCCCCAGCUUCUUCUCCUUCUUCUCCACCUUGCUGGAGCUGCUCACCUAUGGCUCUCUCAUCUACUGGACCUCUCACUACUUUGGCCUGGAGAUCAACUGGGAGAAGAAGCUGCUGGACUCUAAAGUGGCCUUUACCUACCACGAGUUCACCACCUGGCUGGGGACAGUGACACUGCCACUGGUGGGACUGGGAUUCCUCUCUCUGUCCUGGGAGAUCCUUCUGGCCCUUUACAGGUCCCUCAGCAUCCCUGGGUGCUGCUGGAAGCUGUGGGCCACCCUCCAGUGGGGCAUCUUCACCUCUGCCACCCUGGGGGUCUUUGCCAUCAGCCUGGUGCCCUUCACGGCCAUCGACCCCGGGUCGAGCCGGCAGCUGUGGCCCGGCCUGCGGCAGCUGCUGGGCAGCCUGGAGCGGUUCCAGCUGGUGUCCUCCUACGGCCUGUUCCGCAGGAUGACCGGCACCGGGGGGCGGCCCGAGGUGGUGCUGCAGGGCAGCCACGACGGCCGCAGCUGGACGGAGAUCGAGUUCCCCUACAAGCCUGGCAACCUGAGCCGGGCCCCCCCCGUGCUGGCCCCGCACCAGCCGCGCCUCGACUGGCAGAUGUGGUUCGCGGCGCUGGAGCACCACAGCUCCAGCCCCUGGUUCUCCAGCUUCGUGCACCGCCUGCUGCAGGGCCAGGAGCAGGUGGUGGCCCUGCUGGAGGGGGGGGGCUGCCAGUACCCGUUCCGUGCCCGCCCCCCACGCUACCUCCGUGCCCAGCUCUACCGCUACUACUUUGCCCCCCCGGGCAGCUCGGGGCUCUGGUGGCAGCGGCAGCUGGUGGGGGACUUCUACCCCCCCGUGGCGCUGGGGGACCCCAUGCUGGACAGCCUGCUGCAGCAGAUGGGCAUGAAGGAGCCGGCCCCCCCGCGCCCGCCCCCCGCGGCGCCGCUGCCCAGCCUGCUGCUGGCCGUGCGCCAGCUGUGCCAGCCCGUGCCAGCCCCGGCCCUGCUCUGGAGCCUCUACCUGCUGCUGGCCUCCGUGCUGGCGCUGCGGGCACUGCGGGCACCGGCCCGGCCCCCCGCGGGCACCGCCCUGGUGCGGCACAAAGGCCCCCCCCGGAGAGGGGCGGAGGCUGGCACGGCCGGGGGCGAGAGGAACGGGCACAGGAACGGGCACCCGAGGAGGAGAGAGGAGGAGGAGAGGGCAGAGGGGCACGGGGACAGGCUGAAGGCGGCCAGGAGGAGGAAGUGACCCUCUGCAGGUGCCAGCCUGGGCACCCCUCUGCAAUGCCAGCCUGCAGCCCUCCUUCAGAUGCCUUGCCCUUGAGAUGCCAGCUUGGCUC